AUGGCAGAGACAUUGGCCAUCGCGCUGGAGCGGUCCCCCUGGUCCCACUGCACGGCAUGCCCCAACACCCCCGCUGGUUCUGCCCGCUCCCCUCAUCGCCGACGGGAGCUGCCGCCUCCGGGCACCCUUCCCCCACCGAGGGGCUCCCUACAGGGCACCCCGGGGCUCCGCGGGUCCCGGCAGCAGAAUUCUCGGAGGCAGCGUGCCCGGCAGCAGGAUCCCCGGCCCCAGGGCCCCCGCAGCAGCGUCCCCCGCGGCCCCUUCGGAACUAACACACCCCUGACCCUCCCGAAAGCCACUCCUUCUACAACAGCCUCCCUGACGCAGAAUUCGCACCCGCGGAGAGACUCCGGGGUCUGGCUGCCGACCCUGCCCCGGGACGCCGCCGAGAGGGCCAGCGUCCACGGUGACUGGUGUCAACCUCCGCAGGAAGCAGCGUGGCAUCGCUCUCUUGCCGGGACCUCACCGACUCUUCGUCCCGCCCACGGCGAGCUCUUCCACCUUCCGAAUCCCGCGGAGAGGGUCGCGCUGCGGCGCAUGCGCGCGCCGGCACCGCCUAGAGCGUCAGCGCGCAUGCUCCUGGGCGCGUCCAUUUCCCGGCCGCCCCCACCCCCCCCCGUCCGGCGCCAUGGUUCCGCCCGCGGGGGCGGGGCCAGGCGUGGCGGGAAAAUCGGCGCGGAGCGCGGCACCACUUCCGUCCCGCCCGACCCCGCGCCGCCCGCGCGCCGGAGGCUGCGGCUGCCGGCCGACACGGUCUCAGGCCCCGCUGUCCGGGCUGCCCCGGCUGCCCCGGCUGCCCCAGCUGCUCCAGCGGACCCGGGUGAUCCAGCUGUCCCCGCUGACCCGGCUGUCCCUGCUGCCCCCACUGACCCGGUUGCUCCGGCUGCCUCUGCUGCCCCGGCUGACCCUGCUGUCCCCGCUGACCCGGCUGUCCCUGCUGCCCCCACUGACCCGGUUGCUCCGGCUGCCUCUGCUGCCCCGGCUGACCCAGCUGUCCCCGCUGACCCGGCUGUCCCCGCUGCCCCCGCUGACCCGGUUGCUCCGGCUGCCUCUGCUGCCCCGGCUGACCCAGCUGACCCGGCUGUCCCCGCUGCCCCUGCUGACCCGGCUGCCCCUGGCUCCCCAGAGCAGACCCCUCUCUCAGCAGGUCGGCAGCCCUGCCUGGCCACCAGGGAGAAGAAGGCCUCCUCAAAACUCACUUUUUCUGAGCUCAAGUCGUGCCUACAGCGGGCACGGGAGCUUGGGGCCCGGGCCCAAGAGCUGAGGGCGAGUGCCCAGAGGAAGGAUGCUGGGGAACCCAGUGUGCCAGAGGACCAGGGGCAGCCAGCAGGGCCAUGCAGUGGAGAGAAGGCACCUGCCUACCAGCGCUUCCAUGCCCUGGCCCAGCCGGGGCCCCCGAGCCUUGUGCUGCCCUACAAGUACCAGGUGCUGGCGGAGAUGUUUCGCAGCAUGGACACCAUCGUGGGCAUGCUCUACAACCGCUCCGAGACCGUGACCUUCGCCAAAGUCAAGCAGGGCGUCCAGGACAUGAUGCGCAAGCGCUUUGAGGAGCGCAACGUGGGCCAGAUCAGAACUGUGUACCCUACUUCUUACCGCUUCCGCCAGGAGCGCAAUGUCCCCACCUUCAAGGACGGUGUUAAGCGGUCCGAUUACCAGCUUACCAUUGAGCCGCUCCUAGACCGGGAGGCCGGCAGCACGGCCCCCCAGCUGACGGCCUCGCGCCUCCUGCAGCGCCGGCAGGUCUUCAGCCAGAAUCUGGUGGAGCGCGUCCGCGAGCACCACAGGGCUUUCCUGGCCUCCCUGAACCCUCCCAUGGUGGUGCCCAAGGACCAGCUGACACGCUGGCACCCCCGCUUCAAUGUGGACGAAGUGCCCGACAUCGAGCCGGCUGAGUUGCCCCAGCCUCCCAGUACGGAGAACCUGGCCACCGCCCAGGAGGUGCUGGCCCGUGCCCGCAGCCUCAUGUCGCCCAGGAUGGAAAAGGCCCUAAGUGACCUAGCUUUGCGUACGGCCAAGCCCAGCAGCCCUGGGUCCCCCAGCCCUGCCCUACCGGCCACCCCGCCGGCCACUCCCCCUGCAGCCCUGAAGGGGGUGUCCCAGGACCUGCUGGAGAGGAUCCGGUGCAAGGAGGCGCAGAAGCAGCUGGCGCACAUGACGCGACAGCCGGAGCAGGAGCAGCGACUGCAGCGGCUGGCGCGGCUGCCCGAGCUGGCCCGCGUGCUGCGCAGUGUCUUCGUGUCGGAGCGUAAGCCAGCGCUCACCAUGGAGGCGGCCUGCAGCCGGAUGGCGGGCAGCUACGUGGAGGCCAUGAGCCCCGGAGAGAUGGAGCAGCACGUGCGGCUCCUCUCUGAGCUGCUGCCCGACUGGCUCAGCCUCCACCGCAUCCGCACAGACACCUACGUCAAGCUGGACAAGGCUGCCGACCUGGCAGGUGUCGUCACACGGCUGGCCCGCCUUGCCCAUGCAGAGGCGGCGCUGUGAGCCUCACAGACAUGGGCUUCGGGUCCCUGACCGGCCUGCUGCGUCUGUUCUACUUCCUUUAGGGACACAAUGCACUUUUGUGCCUUCUGAACUCCCACGAGGCUCUCUGGCCAGUGUGGGCAGCAGGCCUCCCCUGGUGCAGCAUUUUGUCAUUAAAGUGGUUUCUGUUGGUGA